AUGAAGUGGAAGCUGAGAACGGGCUCUGGACACACUAUUUUCCGAAAAGCAUGUUUCCAAUUAGUAUAUAGUAGAAGUAGAUUGUGGAAAUCUGGAUUGGUUCGAAUCACGGAAAACGGAUUAAUGGAGAUCAAGGUAUUCAAGGGAAAUCGCGCGGAUUUUUCGUUUUUCUUGAAAUCUGAUUCGAAUAUUGAAGGAGGUUAUAAAUUGUUGAGAUUUGUUAUGUAUUAG